ACACUUGCUUUUGAGCAUAUACGUAUUUUCAUCUUCAGCCACUUAAUUUCUCUUUUCCUUUUUCAGCCCCAUGAUUUUACUCUUCAGCCACAAAUUUUUUGAUAUUUUCAUGUAUCGAUUAAACCUGAUCUUGAAAAACAUUCAAUCUUGAACAGCAAGUUCAAUUACUCAGCCACAUAUUUCACUUUCAAAUUCUUGAAGAGCAAGUAAUUUAUCCUAUUUAAACCCCACUUUAUCAUCUCUCAAUUCAGAAGCAAAUCACCGACUUUUCCAUCUGAUUCUCUUCCCCAUAGUACUCAUUCCGCAUUCUGCUAUUUCUCACUGCAGAGUUUCAAAUGGUGCGGCGCGACUAGGAUAUGUAUUUUAAUUGAAUUACUCAAGUUAGCAUUCAAGUUGAAGUUGAAGUUCAAGUUCAAGUCUCAGGUUUUAAAGGCCGGAGGCGCGUGGAAGGUCGAAUGCUUGGUCAGAGGACUGCAAACAUUUUAAAGCAUCUUUUUCCAGAUACAAAGCGCAUCAUCACUUUUCCUCGUGAGCCUCAAUCGGAUUGGAUUUCAUUCAGGUGUUGGUGUUUUGUUAAAUUGUGGGAGGAAUUUCAGAAAGUGUUUAUUCAUCCAUUUGGAAGAGAAUCGACAAGAAAGGGAUAAGCUUCAAUGAAUAUAUAAUUCCACAAGAUGAUUGGAAGGAUUUUGUCAUUACUCGUAUGUCAGAAGAAUCUCGGAAAAAAAGCAAAGAGCUAACGGCGACGCGAAGACAAAAUGUAUAUCCUCAUCAUGUUUCGCGCAAGGGAUAUGCCGGCUUACGGGAAGAAAUGAAGGAGCAAUUGACAGGUGAUUAUGAAUCUGAUAGAACACUUUUGUGGAAGCAAGCACGAGCAAACAAGAAAGGGGAAUUUGAGGGUGAAAUGUUGAUAGAAACAGUUUCAAAGAUUGAUGUUUACCUACGACAAAAGCAUGAUGGUGUGUUUACCAGUAGUGGACCAAGUGAUGAUGUCCUUACACAAGCAAUUGGGAAGCCCGAACAGCGUGGUCGUGUGAGAGGUGUUGGUGCAUAUGUUACUCCAACGACUUAUUACAAGAAAAGUGAAAGUGAAAAAGGGAAUGAAGUGCAAGAAAUGAAAAAACAAAUGGCUGAGAUGAACGCCAAAAUAUUGGAGCUUCAACAACAAAUGAUGAUGAACAAAGAAAGUGAGGAGAAGGGCAGUUGUUCUGUGAAGAAUGAGCAUUGUGUUGAAGUUGAUGAUGAUGUUGAGGAAGUUCCUCGUGACAAUGUCUUGUCGUUGGUCAAAACACCGAGAACUAAGGUAUAA